CGAGACGCUUCUUCAACGAGAACAACACGGCUAGUGAUUCAAUCAGCUAACUGUUAGGUAUCUUGCAAGCCAACAUACAACCGGAACCUUUACGUUUUUUUAGACCGUUUCGGGGAGUUAAAAAUACAUGUAUGUCGUAUCCACUAGUUACCCCUUAAUUUUCAUGUCUACAUUUUUAUUAGUCAACUAGCUGUCUGGUUAAGUUAGCAGUAGCCUAGUCGCUAAUGAUAUUUAGCUAACGUUACCUCGCUAACAACCCUGACCAUGAGCUCACUAACAUACUCCCCCCCUGUUGAAGAAGAAGAUGUCUGUCGGACAGAGAAGGAGAAGGAAGAUGAGGCUGUUACAGUGAAAGAAGAAGACGUUUUUGUGAAAGAGGAGGAGGAUGUUACUGUGAAAGAAGAGGAGGAAGAUAAAAAUGACGAUGCUGUAUUGGGCGUGAAAGAGGAAGAGGAGGAGAUGACUAUCACAGUGAAAGAAGAGGAAGACGUUUUUGAGGUGAAGGAGGGGGAGAUUACUGUCACAUUGGAGGAGGAAGAGGAGGAGGUUGGAGAUCUGAUUAACACCCAUUCUGCCAUUACUCUCCUAAAGUUGCCGGUAAUACACGAGGAGUUGGCAACCUUUCUCUUGGAAUGAGAAACGGCCAUUUAUCUUACCAUUUCUACCGAUCUGCGUACCAAUUGUUUUUUUUCAUAUGCACAGUUUCGUGGAACAGUUUCAUUUAAUUUAUAAUAACGUGUUCAUGUCUCUAAAUCAUUG